GUUCGCCGCGUCCGUGUGGUGCGCACGCAUAUCGCUCCCCCUCAUAACGGCCACACGAACGGUGACAAUAAUAACUGCGUUAAGUGUAUAAUCACUUCGGGAUGUUUUCACAUUACUCAUCGCCUCAAAGCGAUUGUUUGUUUUGUCUCAUAAACAAACCCUUGAAUUCAUAUUGCACCAGAAUGGAACUGAUGUCGCGGUGAAUAGAAAAUAUGUAAUGGUCCGGGAUAUCCGGACCAAUAUACAUCGCAACUGGGAAGAAGAUUAUUGGAACGAGAGCUGUGAUUUGGUAAACUUAUAUGUACAAAAAACCGUUUGCCUUGGUUACUUAAAUAUCGAAGUGCUCAAGUGCUGUGCUCCUGUGAUUAUUUUAGUGAUUUCGAAAGAAGUAGUGUCUCUGUCGGAAUAGUAGAUCGCCCGCUGCAUUUGACUCUCAUUCACGACGUGUGUCUAUUUAUGGCGUUGGAUUUACUGCAGCGUUAUAAAAUGAAGCCUUACACAACGAUUCGUAUGUGCAACGGAACGUGUUAGCUGUCCUCGAGGAACCACCGUCAUCGGAUUGUACCAUUAUUCUUAGUGACUCAAAAUGAUGUGGCCUUCGUCUCAAGCCAGUAAAAUACUGACUUUCCUUCUAUUUCUCAUAGUGAUAUAUUGUGUUAACAUGGACACUUUCCUAUUUUUAAGAAUUCAAAAUUAUAAAAUUGAUACUUUCGAAACGCGGGAAAAUUCAACGCUACAAGAGUCGUCGACUCAUACAGUUGAUACCUUACAAAAUUAUGAAGACGCGACAUGGGUACCGUGCAGUAUCAAUCCACUUUGUCAUCCGACAGUUAAGGGUCUGAUGGUGGACCAUAUAAACCAUUAUAUAUACGGUCCAUUCAGUGCCAUAGUCGACGUAAGUGUUCAACUGUCAGAAAAAAUGUUAUUUAUAACACCGAACAUGAUAUCGGUCUUUCACGUGUUCAUUGCAAUUUUAGGUGCUAAGCUGUUGACAUGUCCAAAUUUAGUAGCCCGCCGCAUAGCUGUAGUGUUGUUUCAGAUUAGAAUGUUCCUAGACGACCUUGACGGUCACGUGGCUAGAGAGAGAAAGCAUAUCAAAGGUGAAAGGUCAGAAGUAGGCUCAUUGGGAUAUUGGGUCGAUGGAAUCUGUGAUUUAUUAGGUGUAGUUUCCAUGAUGGUCGGGAUAGGUUUAUAUUUAAGGAACAAUCCGCCUAGAAGGGGUUACAAAGGUAUCCCAGUGAGUACACUGCCGUACCAUCAAUUAAAAGAGAUAAAUUCUACAGAAGAUAUAGAGAAAAAUAGCACAGCGGAGAUAGGUAUAUCGUAUAAGACAAAAGUCACUUUCCAGAGAAUAAUACAAGUGAUAGGACUUUUUUCCGGUCAAAUGGUAAUAUCUUCUUUAGCUUGGAAUAGAUAUAUAGAUAUUUAUCAGGAGUUACUCGAGAAUUGCACAGAAUGUGACGUGUAUAAAAGAAUGUCUAGCUUUAAGUCUGGAACUUUUUUCUCAGCAACUCUGAUGUGGAGAAUAGUAAAUCCACACAGCUAUUUGCAUCUGCUUUCUUUAGCUGUUUUCUGUGAUAAAACUUGGGGUUUCCUGAAGUCUGUCCACUAUUUUGGAUAUUUAGUUCUAGUGGUCGCUGUUGGUUUAUCUGAGUAUUAUGUGGAGUGUGUGAGGGCUUAUAUAUUAGGCAGUAUUGAGAAUUUAUGAUAGGAUAAUUAUAUUCCUAUUGGAGUUACACGUAUGUUGUCUUUAGGGAAUCACCGGAGUCACUUUCCGUGAUUCAUGUGUUGUAUGUAUUGCCGCCGCUAAUCCAGGUAUUUCAGUAGAUAAAGCGUAUUAGACUUUAAUCCCAUUUGAUUAGACAGUAGCCCCUUAAACAAUGUUAAAUUCUUUAUGUUUGAAGUCAGCUCCGUUAAAUUUAAUUAUGUUGUAAUUUAUUACACUAUUUAUCAGAUUUAACAGUCUCGGAUGUCUUUUCGCAUUUCGGACGACAUUUUAAAUGCAAAAUCUAUCUUAUAUUUUUGAACUAAAGCGAAUGCCAUGCUCAGUAUAUUUCUAUUUACGGUAAAAUAUAGCAAAUACAAGUUCGUGUUCACUAUUAAAUUUUACAACGUGAACCGGUAAAUGUAGGAAGUAGAACAAUUACAUCGUUAAAAAAUAAACAAAAAGGAAUACAUAAAAAAUAUACAUAAAGAUCUUAUGUACGUCGUGAAAGAUAAUAUUUUCGAUAAUAGUUUCUAUUUGUUUGUUAGGUUCGCUAAUGAAGAGUUAUUUGAACAUAUUUUUAUAAACUGUAAUUUAAAAAAUGUCUAGAUUGAUUGACUCUUAUGAACGGCCAUUUCGAAAGUUGCUUACCAAUCCAAUGUUAGUGGUAUGUCAAAGUACUUUCUAAUAGGGAUGCCGACUAAUUUUUGUUCGUUUGUCCGUCAGGUAGUGUUAAAAAAAUAUUAAACAAGUAUUUUUCAUUUUUUUCGUAAUCAUAAAAUUACGGCGUUGCAUUGAGUUGAAAUUUCGCAUGACGUCACGUUAUGGUAUGUUUUCGACUAAACUGUGUCGUAGCGAGCCACCAUUCCUCAACUUUAAUGUUAUCUAAGCUAUAUCUUGUUAAAUUGAAGUAAAAAAAUACGUAUCUAAUAUUUUUCUAUUAUCUGACUGACGGACUAAAUGGAAUUGCAUUUUUUUUACCCAGUCGUAAUCCCUAUUGUCCAACUCUUUUUGCCUACCUCGUUGAGGGCGUCUUGGAUAGGACGAACAAGCAAUAAACUGACCAGCUCUUUAGAAGUAACGAGAUUUGCAAAACCCAUGUCAUUAUUAGUUCAAUUUAAAUAAUACGAAUUAAUUUGUAACUAAUAAGGAAGGAAAUAUAUAUGAAUAAACGUAUUAUCCAAAAUAAUUAGUUCGAAUAAAGCUACUAAAUUGAAUUAAGCAAAUGUUUACCUUAUUUUUGUCGAGAUAUUCACUAGAAAUAUUAAACUGCCGAUUAAAGGCAUUGAUCUAGGUUAUUGGACUCGGCUGUCACUUAUAACGGAGGGCAUGCCCGGAGUAAGUAAGCGAUAGGCCCGCAACUCUUUGAUCCAGUCAGGGACAGAACCUCACACUUCAUGCCGUCCUGUCAGGCAACAGGGAAAGAGCGUAACGCACAUUCCCCGGAAAAAAAGUGACAGUAGACAUUAAACAUGAGAGUAGAUUUUGCAUGCACUCAUCAUCUUCUUCAACGUUCCAUUAAUAAUAGUAUUUGAACAGUUCUGAAACAUUUUCAUAAUACCUGAGAAAGGUCGACAAAGCGUCUGAUUAACCAAUAUCUUUUAGCUUUCUAGUUUGUCCUGUGACAUAAUGGCAUCAAUAAAAGACAACCUUUUUUAGCUUUAUCUCUUCAAUUUUAUUUAUUUAUAACACAUUAGUUUUACUAUCUGUAAACUUAGUCAUACCAGCCAGUUAUUGAUGCCGUAUCUCAUUAUUACCAUUUUAUCUAUAAGUGUACAACCCGGCACAGUAUAAAUUGUGUAAAUUGCAAUUAAUAUUUUAGCGAUAGGAACGAUAAUAAGGAUCGUGGCCCUACUAUCGUCGGUUGGUGACAAUCGUGUUUUACGCAAAUGUGGUGUUUUAUUUUUGUAUCGCUCGAUUUAUAUUCUUUCUACGAGUUAUGUCACACUCGAUUCUUGUCACAUGUGGCUGUUUUUCCGCAUUACUGAUAAUUCGUCUUAGUCGUUCUAGUACGAUAUAAGAGUUAUGUCACACUCGAAUCUUGUCACACGUGGCUGUUUUUCCGCAUUACUCGGUAGUUCUAGUACAAUAGAAAUAUUGAACUUUAUUCGUUACACGCAGAAAAAUUUAUAACAAAUAAAUUAUGUCAAAGAAACUGUAUAUAUUUUAGAUUUAUAGAAACUAAUUUCGCUCUAUAAUAAAGAAGAAGUGUUACUCUGCGAAAUUAAAGUACUGGUAUAGUAAUUAGGCUCCGAAGCUCUCCUAGGAUCCUGGAUCCUUAAUCAUGAGGGUAAAAGCACUGGUAUAGGUAUGAAGUUCUUUCGAGUGUGGUAUAGCUCGAGUCUCUUGUCUCUGAUUCUACAUAACAUUGUAAGAGUUGUUGCAUAAAUACGUUUAACGCGUAAUAGUUAAAAUUAAAACUAGUAGUAACUAAACGAGCGUUGAUGCGAGUCGAAUGGUUCAAAAUAGAACCUAAAGUCACAUUCCGGUUUCAUAAAUAAAAUGUAUUGUCAAUGAUUCAUAAUGUUGAUUAAUAGGUUGAAUAUAAAUCUUAUUGUUAUUAUAAAAUGUAACAUUUCAGAGUAACGACACAAUAAAGUGUUUAUAUUUCAUUUAAAUAAUAUCUGUUAUGUGUGUUUGAUGAAAUGGCGAAAUAUAUUAAUUGUUACUUA